CAUCUUUUUUAUUUCUUCAUCGUUGUGUCAAAAAGUUUGUCGGUCAAAAUUUAGUUUUUUGAAAAAUUCAUUUUACAAAUACAUAGCUUAAUAAAGUACUAAAAUGGACAGCGAAUAUAAACUAUCACAUAAAACUAAAAAGCGUAUCAAGGAAGUUAAAAGAAAGGCCAGACCUGAAUUAGCUGAUAAAUAUCAAUGGACUGCUAUGAAAUACGCCAGUAAUUUUGAUGAAUUUCUGAAAUGUACUGAUAAUGUUGAUAGAAUAAAUGAAAACAUAGUUAGCCCUGAAGAAUUUAUAGAAAAGUAUGAGAAACCAUAUAAACCAGUUGUCAUUACCAAUGUACAGACUGAUUGGAAGGCAAAUAUCAAGUGGACACUAGACCGACUCGCCAAAAAGUAUAGAAAUCAAAAAUUUAAAUGUGGAGAAGAUAAUGAAGGGUACAGUGUUAAGAUGAAAAUGAAGUAUUACAUAGAAUAUAUGAGGACAACGACUGAUGAUAGUCCACUUUACAUAUUUGAUAGCAGUUUUGGAGAACACCCUAGAAGGAAAAAGCUGCUUGCUGACUAUGAAACUCCUCUGUACUUCAGAGAUGACCUUUUCAAGUACUGUGGUGAGGAACGCAGACCUCCAUACCGCUGGUUUGUGAUGGGGCCGCAGCGCUCUGGGACAGGCAUCCACAUUGACCCUCUCGGCACCAGUGCUUGGAAUGCACUGGUCUUUGGCCACAAGAGAUGGUGCUUGUUCCCCACUCAGACUCCUAGAGAGCUCAUAAAAGUGACAGGAGCUAUAGGAGGCAAGCAACGAGAUGAGGCCAUAACUUGGUUCAAGCUCAUCUACCCUAAAACACAGCUGGAAUCAUGGCCAAAAGAAUAUAAACCGGUUGAAAUUCUGCAGAAGCCAGGUGAGACUGUGUUUGUGCCCGGGGGCUGGUGGCAUGUGGUGCUGAACAUGGAUGACACAGUGGCUGUCACGCAGAACUUCUGCAGCCGCACAAACUUCCCUAUAGUAUGGCACAAGACUGUCCGAGGACGACCCAAGCUGUCUAAGAAGUGGAUUAAAGUCCUUGAGGGAAAGGAGCCGGAGCUAUACAAGAUUGCUAGCAGCAUGGACUUGAACCAAGGCACUGGAGUAGCCUCGGACAGUUCAUCAAACAGUUCCUCGUCGAGUAGCGACAGUGACAGCAGCUCUUCUGGCAGCUCAAGUGAAGAAGACAGUGGCCAGGAGAGCAUCACGGCACACAAGAAGAAGCGAAGAAAGAAGAUGCAGUAAUAAAAUGAUUAACUACAUGACCAAACAGCCUUACAAAGCAUAACUAGUAAUCAAUGUAGGUUAAUAUAAUACUGACUUGAUGUAAAAUGAAGUGAGCCUUAUCGUUUAGGUUAGGUAUUAUAACUAGAGGAAAUUGACUAAUUUAACUUUACUUUCACUUCCAGUGAACAAUAAUUUUGUAAGUAUUCUUUACAAAUAAAGUAUUAUUUCAAGUAUAA